ACAGAACCGACCCGCGGGUCCACCACACUCACCACAGACUCUCAGACUGAGUGGAUCUCUUCACACCUGCUCGGGUCCUGAGAGCUCAGAGUCCAAGAUGGGAAACGGGUCUGUUCUGAUGUUUUCUUUGCUUCUGCUGAUCGGAACCGUGAUGGCCCAGUCAGCUUCGGCCUACAGUGAGCGGCUGCUGCCUCAGUGGCUGACAGGAAUCAUCGCCGUCAGCAGCUUCCUCAUCCUCACCUUCAUCGGCUUCAUGGUGAAGAAAAUGUGGUGCGAGAAGUCCAGCGGGACGGACCCCAGCGUGGAGUCGGUGAGACCAAACAAAAACGUGGAAAGUAACUUGUACGAGACCAAGCUGGAAGUCCUUGGGUCGAACAGCGUGCAGUCGAACAACGAAAACCACUACGAACCCUGUGACGAGUACGAGACGAGCCUGAACGUCCUCAGGUCGAACAGCGUGCAGUCUAACAACGAAAACCACUACGAACCCUGUGACGAGUACGAGACGAGCCUGAACGUCCUCAGGAGCCACAGCAGACGCAACGUCUACGACAACAGAGCGAUUGACCGCACAGAAGACAAAGCCACGUCCAUGUGACCGUCCUGCUGUCAGCCUCGGCCUCUUCCUGAUCCACAGAAAUCUUUUUUUUUUUAACCGCAGGUUGAUUCUUGCGGAUCCUGAUCAUUCUGACUGAUUUCAUCCCUUCACACGAAGAAUCUGUUGAUAAUCAGCUGUUCCUGAAGGCAGAACAUACCACUGGUUGUUGUUUUCACUCUUCUCUCCGUCAGCUGAUUAAUAAGUUAUCUUUUAUAACAAACUGCUGUCUCGGCUCUCAUUACUCAUCAACGGAGCAACGACCCGGAGUUGAUCAUUAAACUAAAUGGCCUGAGUUAACAGGAAGCAUCUGUAGGAGGAAAAUACCAUAAAACAGGCGGCAGGUUUCAUUAAUUAACCUCUAGUUAAUGGACGUCUGAGCGGUGCCAAGAACUCGUUUCAACUGGGUCUUUAGCCUCUUUGUUCCCUGCAGGUGGUCUUCGAUACACAAUCUGUCCCCAGUUCUGCUGUUGGACCAAUAAAGAUCCAGUUUGACAGGGCACAAGGUUUUAACCCACUGAAGUGACUGGAAGGAACUGAACCUGUUACGAGAUUAAUAAUGAACACCAGCAGGUGGUUCAGUAGAGUCCAGUUAAGGGCCAGUAAGAGUCCUUGCCUGUUUGCUCUGGUGAUGGACCGACUAACAGAUGAGGUCAGGCAAGAAUCCCUGUAGACUAAG